AAGGGGAGCAGCGGCAAUGUCUCGCUGGAGAGCCUUGACUUCUUCGGGCGCAAGGAGGAACCUCUGCUGGGGUCUGCCGAGGAAGGAUUUGGGCUCACAAGGGCUGGGGAGCAGCAGAAGGUGGAUGGAGCAGGGAAAAACGGUGGAGAGGUGGCAGGAAAGAGAAAAAGAGCUGCAGAAAGCAGUGUAGUGAAAAGAAAAAAGAAAAAGACACGAGAAGUGACGUCCAUGCCAGAGUUGUCAGAAAGUAAUGGAAUAAAGUGGAUGUCCUCUCUGGAGGCAAAAUUUGAAGAUGCAAAAGAUAAAAAACCUACUGCAGAAAAACUUGAACGCCUGAGAAGAGAAAAGAUAAACCGCUUCAGAAAUAAGCACAGGAUCAGUGUUCAGGGCAUGGAUCUUCCUGACCCCAUUGCCACGUUUGAUCAGCUUCAGAAGGAAUACAAGGUCCACCCCAGGGUCCUGGAGAACAUCCAGGCUGCAGGGUUCCAGGUCCCCACGCCCAUCCAGAUGCAGGCCAUCCCCGUCAUGCUCCACGGUCGGGAACUUUUAGCUUCAGCUCCUACUGGGUCUGGGAAGACACUGGCAUUUUGUAUUCCUCUGCUAACACAUCUGAAACAACCCAGGAACAAAGGGUUCAGAGCUCUGAUCAUAUCACCCACCCGAGAACUUGCCAGCCAGACCCAUCGGGAGCUGGUGAAGCUGGCUGAGGGGACUGGCUUCAGAAUACACAUGAUCCACAAGGCAACAGAAGCAGCAAAGAAGUUUGGGCCCAAGUCUUCUAAGAAAUUUGAUAUCCUAGUGACUACUCCAAACAGACUUAUUUUUUUGCUGAAACAAGAUCCUCCAGGAAUAGACUUGAGCAGUGUGGAGUGGCUGGUGGUGGAUGAGUCAGACAAGCUGUUUGAAGAUGGGAAGUCGGGGUUCCGGGAGCAGCUGGCCUCCAUCUUCCUGGCAUGCACCUCCCACGUGGUGAGGAGAGCCUUGUUCAGUGCAACCUUUGCACAUGAUGUGGAGGAGUGGUGCAAGCUCCACCUCGACAGCCUUGUUCUGGUCUCUGUUGGAGCCAGAAACUCUGCAGCAGAGACAGUAGAACAAGAGCUGCUUUUUGUUGGAUCAGAGACAGGAAAACUAACAGCAAUGAGGGAGCUUGUCAAAAAGGGUUUUGCUCCUCCAGUCCUUGUUUUUGUACAGUCUAUUGAGAGGGCUAAAGAGCUCUUCCAUGAGCUUAUUUAUGAAGGCAUCAAUGUGGAUGUCAUCCAUGCAGACAAAACUCAGCAACAGCGGGAUAACGUCGUCCGCAGUUUCAGAGCUGGGAAGAUCUGGGUGCUCAUCUGCUCAGCCUUACUAGCUCGGGGGAUUGACUUCAAAGGAGUGAAUAUGGUCAUCAACUAUGAUUUGCCAACCAGUGCAGUGGAGUACAUCCACAGGAUAGGUCGUACUGGAAGAGCAGGGCACAGAGGAAAAGCAGUCACUUUCUUUACAGAGGAUGAUAAACCUUUAUUACGGAGCAUAGCCAGUGUUAUUCAGCGAGCUGGUUGUCCUGUGCCAGACUACAUAAAACACUUGCCCAGACUGCAAAG